AUGGUGUCAGCCGGUGUACUAACGCAGACAGCCCUUUCAGAAGCCAAAGAGAACCUUGGACCUGAAACCGACACCACUUUUGCAUCACUCGCGCACAUUCUUUAUGCUCUUGCAUGUAACCCCACAUAUCAGGAGAAAUUGUACCAAGACCUGGCAUCUCGCAGGUUCCCCACAGAUUUGAAUACUCUAGAAAACAUCCCACGCUUGAGAGCUUGUGUCAAAGAAGGUAUUCGUUGGGCUGGUGCAUCUGUGGCGAUAUUGCCGCGCGUGGUUCCCCAAGGUGGCGUCGAGCUCUGCGGAAAGUUUGUUCCCGAAGGCACCAUCAUAACUUCAUCACCAGUAUGGUAUCUUCGAGACAAGUACGCGUACCCGAAUCCGGAGCUGUUCAACCCCUACCGCUGGAUAGACGCUUCGGGCUCAAACACUACAGAGGAUGUAUUACGAGACAGGUUUUACAUUCCCUUUUCGAAAGGUGCAAAUACUUGUAUUGCAAACCAACUGGCAGCCGGUGCAACUUCCUAAGAGAAAGGAGUAGGUUUCAGCUGUAGUAACCGAACCUCUGCUGAUCAAGACUAUGCCGCGAAGACGCUUUUAGUUGAAUU